CAUUAUCUUCGAUUUCUCUAUCUCUAGCGAUAUCGAACGUUUUAAAGGGCGAUUACUUUAGAUAUCGAUUAAUUUCGCAGAUCAAUUGUUCGAUGGAAUUUUCCCUAAUGUUGUUACUUAUUAAGGGUCAACUCUCGCUCACUCAAAUCCAUAAUCCCCUUCCCGAAAGAGAAAAAACAAAAAACAUUGAAAUCAUAUACUUGAUGAGAUGGAAGGCAGCUUGGGUAAGGAGGAUUCCAAUUCGGCUAAGGAUCUACAAGAAAAAAACGGCUCUGGUCAUAAGCGGCAAGGUUCUGUUCAACCAUCAUCACCUAGAGCUGGGAAGAAACCCAAACGGGAUAUCGACAGAGAUCACCGUGAGAAAAAGAAGGGAGAGAUGAACGAGUUGAAGAAAGAGAAUGGGAUACUUCAGGAAUCCUAUUGGCGUUUUCUAGGACAAAUAGAUCAGAUAAACAUGGAACUGAGGGAACGUGGAGAAGAAAUUAUCAGCUUGAGGAUAAAGCAAGAUAGACACGAUAAUUCUCUACGUGAACUAGAAGAGUUGACUGCCUCAGGUGAGGAAAAGAUGAGUGCCUUAAAAGAGGAACAUGCACAGGAGAUUCAUGCCUUGAAAGCGAAACAUGCACAGGAAUUGCUGGAGCGCGACAGAAAGUUUAAUGCCUUAAAAGAGGAACAUGAACUGCAUAUGCGGGUGUGCACCUCGUGGGACAUAGACCUGGGAAAUUGGCUUGAGAACGCCGGAGAGAUGAACAACCCCAUGGAGACACCUGCCACUGCUCAGGCCACCACCAACUGCUUCAACUCUGACCACUUCGCAUCCCAAAUGGCCUAACUCAGCAAGACAUCUGUAGCAAGAGUAAACAUUUUGAACUACUAAACCCUUAUUUUAUAUUUUCAAACUGUACUGAGAGGCAUGAAUAAUUGCAAGAUGGACACCUUCUAUGUGAGACAAUGUGGUAUUUUAUCGUAUGGGCUGCGCUCAGCCUAUUGGAUAUUCUCUUUA